AGGAAGUGGGGGGGUGGGAGGAGGCAGCCGGCGGUGGGAAGAUGGCGUACCAGAGUCUCCGCCUGGAGUACCUGCAGAUCCCACCAGUCAGCCGAGCGUACACCACUGCUUGCGUUCUCACUACCGCCGCUGUGCAGUUGGAAUUGAUCACACCUUUUCAGUUGUACUUCAAUCCUGAAUUAAUUUUUAAACACUUUCAAAUAUGGAGGUUAAUCACCAAUUUCUUAUUUUUUGGGCCAGUUGGAUUCAAUUUUUUAUUUAACAUGAUUUUUCUAUAUCGUUACUGUCGUAUGCUAGAAGAAGGUUCUUUCCGAGGUCGGACUGCAGACUUUGUAUUUAUGUUCCUUUUUGGUGGAUUCUUAAUGACCCUUUUUGGUUUAUUUGUGAGCUUAGUUUUUUUAGGUCAGGCCUUUACAAUAAUGCUGGUUUAUGUGUGGAGCAGAAGGAACCCGUAUGUCCGUAUGAACUUUUUUGGCCUUCUCAACUUCCAGGCCCCCUUUCUGCCCUGGGUGCUCAUGGGGUUCUCCUUGUUAUUGGGGAACUCAAUCAUUGUGGACCUCUUGGGUAUUGCAGUUGGACACAUAUAUUUUUUCUUGGAAGAUGUAUUUCCCAACCAACCUGGUGGAAUAAGAAUUCUCAAAACACCGUCUAUUUUGAGGACUAUUUUUGAUACUCCAGAUGAUGAUCCAAAUUACAAUCCACUACCUGAAGAUAGGCCAGGAGGCUUCGCCUGGGGUGAGGGCCAGCGCCUCGGAGGUUAAAGCAGCAACGUGCCAUUAAUGAGACCCAGCUGAGAAGGACUCAGUGAAAUACUCAUUGGGAUUCUCUUAUCCUUUGUUGCAAAAGUGUGGACACUUUUGUCAGCUCGACAGAUUUUAACUCCAGAAGCACUUUAUGAAGUGGUACACUGACUUUUCCAGAAGACAUUUCCAGCAGUUUGCCAUUGGUUCUUUACUGGUACUGAAAGUGUAAUCUCUUGGAGCCAAAAAACUGGAGAAACAGAUACCCUGCCGCCUCUAACAAGUACAUAAGUACUUGAAUUCUAUGGCAUAAGGCAGGGCUUUUUCUUCCUCUUCUUCUUUGACUGAUGAGGCCAUGGUGUAAAUGGAAGUUUCGGAGAGGAUAAAAUAAAACUAAUUCCAUCUCUCUCUCACUGUAUUAAAGCUUUUGUGUGUGAUCUUUUAAAUUAUGAUAUUGUAGUCUAGCUCUCCUGCAAAGGUCUGAGCCCAGAGCAGUUUAUAUGCCUGUUCUUCCUGUAUCUUCACACUCUUUGGUUAGAUUUUGUUUAAGAUUGGGAAUAUGUGGCUGUUAUGCUGUUUGUCAUCUUACUAAUUCAUAAUACCAGCUUCAGUAGGAAGAAGAUUGAUUGUUGUCAUUCAGGUAGCUUGUUCUCCAUGUUGGAAUUGCAAAACUUUGGUUGUCAGACCAUAAGGUAAAAAAGAGAAGGAGAGCAGUUCUCGUAGCAGCAGAAAUUCAACUAUAUGCAAAAAAGUGAAUGUGGCCUCUUGCCACACAUUUGCCUGCACUGCUCCGUGAAGAAUAUCCACUGAAAAUAGAAACAUUUUGGGAAAACUUGAGGAAGGUGAAUCAGUAGUAGGCAUGUGUUCCUCCUGGGGCUUUGGCUAGCUAACCGUUGUCAUUUGCUGCAUGAAAAGCUGAAAAUUUUUUCUGGGCCAACUCCUUGCUCUUUCAAAUCUGAUAGAAAUUAGGGUUCACAGGAGUAGGUACUAAAUGCCUAUGGCUCAGUAAAUACUCAUCCAAAUAGUCUUCCCUAGGUCUUAGUGGUUUUACAUUCACACUGCUUAGUCAGAACCCAGAAGGGUAAAAAGCACCCCAGGAAAGAAAUGAUCUAGGAUGGUUUUCAUAAACAGCCUGUAGACACAGACUUUUUCUGAAACUGGGUAGUCUUUGUUCUCUCUUGGUUCACAGACAGUAUCUUUCCAGAGGUUUUUCCUCAAAGAUUGACAAAGGUUUAGAUUAGCUAUAAUACACAUCUUUAGGUGGGAAUUUUCAGAUUGUUUUUGAAGUGAAAGUAUUUUGUCUAAAUGGAAUAUGCAUAAGUAAUGGAAUUUAGUAGACAUAAUUUACAUGUAAGUGUUUGAAUAUGAUGAUUAUUGCAAUUUUAUGGAACUUGGGUCAUGAAACUGAUUUUUCCUAAGCAGUUAAAAAAUCAUUAUAGAGCUUAAAUGCCAAUCUUAGGUUGUAUAAUCCUUAUGGGAUUUGUAAAUCUGAUGUGUUUGUUUUUAAGAAAAUUUUAUCAGUGACUUCUAGGAAUUUUUACAAAUUGUUUGCUUUUGAGCUGAAAGUAAGUUAUUCUAGUUUCAUUUGUUCUCCCUGAGUUAAUUUUAGGUUAACCAUUUAAAGGGAUUUUUUUAUGGUAAAAUUUUAUUCUUUUACUGUGUUCAUUUAAGUAGGAAAUUUCUAUACAUAUUAAAAGUUGGGUAAAAAAGAAACACAUUCUGAAUGUACAGCCUAGCAAGGGGGGAUGGGAGUGGAUAACAACUGGUCCACGGGCUGUGGAAGGCUGGAGAAAUCAAUCAUUCAGUGUAUGAUGGGACAGACACUCCUCUUAAUGCCUCUCUUUAGCUGUCCUCACCCAUCUGCUGAUACUGAUAAUUGUAUAUGGCCCAUGAAUGAUGUUAUAAAUAUCCAAAUGGCCCUUGGCAAAAAACAAAAACAAACAAACAAACCCAGCUGUCAACUGUAGGUUUCUCUGAAUUUAUAGGAUGUAAGUUACUAGUGACAGGAUUCCAGACCGUGCUAUUACACUGUGUCCUGGGCAGUGGUGGGUUUCAUCACUGACCUCUUAUUUGGGCCUGUCCCAUAACCACAUUGCUUUUCCUGUGUUGCUUUACAGGGCCCAGUGCUUACCUGGACCUAAGGAAGAUCCUACUUCUUUCACAACUUACUUCUUGAUCAUGAUUCUUCCAGAAUACAUUUCUUUUUCAUUCAACAGAAAAGAUUUGUCGUAUGGAACUUUUGUGGCUAAUUAAGCUUACAUUUAAUGAGAGAUUCCUGGAUUUCUACCAGAAAUACUGAAAAGCACACCUAAGGUAUAGGUUUUUGUUACAGAAAUGCAGUAUAUAUGUUCAUUUAAAAGUAAAUGGACAUGCAAAUUGCAUCUCCUUAGGAGAUACAUUUUAUAUACUUUUUGGUGUGUUUUUUUUUUUUUCCAUUAUGGAUUUCUAUUUUUCUCUCUUUUUUUUUUUUCUGUGUCACUCUUCUCUGUGUUAAUAUCUUUCAAACUAGUCAUGAGGCAAAACACCAUGUCAUGGAUCUUGGUCAAGAAGCUCUUGGUCAGUCU